AUGAAGUACGGUAUCGCCAUCGCCGCUCUGCUCUCCACGGCCCAGGGCCUGAGCUUCUUUGGCAACGAUGCUGUCACAGCCAACGAGGACUUGAAGGUGCCGGGUGACUCUCCGCUCGAGCUCUGCGACAAAGAUCACAGCGACGACCUUGUCGAUAUCACGAGAGUCGACCUGCUACCUAACCCUCCCGAGGCGUAUGUAUCACCUCUUGGUAUCCUAGACAGGGUCAGAUCGUAUGUUGAUAUUGAUACUAACUUGUCCCUCCUUGAAUCUAGUGGCGCAGACCUCGUCAUCAAGGCUACCGGCACCGUCUUCGAGACCAUCGAGGAAGGCGCCUAUGUCAACCUCUCAGUCAAGUACGGCCUCAUCCGCCUUAUCAGCACGACGGCCGACCUCUGCGAGCAGAUCCAGAAUGUGGACCUCAAGUGCCCCAUCGAGAAGGGCAUUCUCUCCAUAACCAAGUCGGUCGAGCUGCCCAAGGAGAUCCCUCCUGGAAAAUACACCGUCCUUGCCGAUGUUUACGACAAGGACGACAAACCCAUCACUUGCUUGACCGCCCAAGUCGUCUUUGGCCGCAAGGACAAGAGCGCCAAGUCCACUCCUCUUGAGAUUGAGCUGUAG